AUGAUGGCAGCGUCCGAAACAGUCCUCUCGCCGUCUGACCCAGCUUCCUCGCUUCGUGCUGCCGCUCUAUCGACUAUCAAGCGAAGAAAAAAUGUCUCCACAGAUGCUUCUCUCCCAGGCGGAAAGGCUACCCUACCUUCAAGGCCUGCUGUUCCCCGCGACAAUUCCGUUCAACUGGACUAUGGCCAGGAAGACGCCUCCUCGUCCUCGCAAUAUAAACCGCUGCCUAGAAAGACCGCCCAGCCUCGGCCUAAUGUUCUGGACAUCGAUCCUAGCCAAGGUCGCGAGGAAGGAGAAAUCAGCGAUUCGGAAGAUUUGCCCCCUGCUCCGCCCAAGGAGGACGCUAGGCCGCCACCAACAACACUGGCAUCCUUACCCUCAAGACCAGGUCCUCUGACACUUGCAGCUGGCCGCUCCGGACGAAAGGAAGUAACUCCCCCUCCAAGAUCGGCAAUACCAAAAGUCGAGUCUCCGGCGACCCACAACCUGCUUGACAGAAUGUCAAAUUUACCUUCAAGCUUGCAGACCUCAUCUCAUGGACCCAGCUUACCUCUACCUCAAGUGAGCCUAUCCCAAUUGGACGAACAUCAUGUUCGACCAGGAUUAGCUAUGAACCAAGCUCAAUACGACACGGCGAAAGACAUUGUUCUUGAUCUGCUCGGAUGGGGUGUCGCUCCAGAGUUCCUCGUUGACUGUGGUCUAUCUCGCGAAAUUGUGUUUUACGUCUUCUCCGAGCUCAGACUCCGUCUACCAGAGAACCUCGAUACCGCAGGUUUAAUCCCUUACCCACCCGAUCCUCACCUUCUCGACGAACCAUUUCUCUGGCCUCCAGUACAAACACACAAUGUACCUCUAUCCCCAACGAUAAAGUCGGAGCUAAGCCCCGCAACCGAACUGAAGCUCGAUCUACUUCAUUCACCACCCGCAAUCUCACGCAAGGCUGCGAACAAGGCGACUCCUGCUGUUUUUGUUAGCACGGAAUCGCCUAGUAGUGGCUCGACGCCAAUUCAGACAUCUGCUGCAGCAACACCUGUAAUACCUACACUCAAUCCUAAUCCCUCCCUACCUUCCACCAACCUUCAUGACAUGGAGCGUCAGAGACGGCAAGAAUUGCUCGCUCGCAAGGCGGCUGCUCAGGCCUCUCGCAAGUCCAAGCAGACCACGAUGGUCAUUGCCUCGACCUCGGCUUCAUCUUCCUCGGUAACCCUUCGCCCCGCAGUGACGCAGAGGUCUAACUCGCCUGAUGAGCAGACCAAACCAAGCACGCCAACGCCAGCACUCUCCGUCGAUGAUUUCCUUAACAGUAUCGCCUCUUCCUCUUCCAACGGCGAUUCGACCGACAUGGCUGUUGACGAGUCCUCUCAGAGACAUGCGAGCCCUGACGCUAUGGAUGUUGAUGUAACUCCAGCGGCAUCUGGAACGGAGCUGCCCAACGGCUCCUCUAAUGGGGCUGGCGAAUUAUUGCCGCCCCCAGUGUCACCUGCAGAGCCACCGCCUGUGUCCGCAGAUACAGACACAGACGUGGCUCCGUCUUCUGGCUCAACAGCGGGUCUAAACUCCUUUGCGGCUGCCCAGGAUGCAUUCGUCCUUGAUAGUGGCGGAUCCUCCGUUAUAGAGCACCAAGCAUAUCUUGAUCCUCCGUCACGCCCGCUGACACGAACUAGUACUGGGUCUAAUCUCCCGAAUGCCAACGUCGCAGAUCUCAACCAGCUGACGGGGCCUAGUAUACAGCGGCGUGGUACGAAACGGCCGGUCGCCGCCGAUUUCGUGGAUUUUGAUAGUUCCGAUGGCCAGAAUCGAAGGCUACAAUGGAAUUCGCAAGUACCUACGUCCGCUGCGAACGAUCGCGCUCUUCGUCGCCGACUUACCGGGACCAAUGGUAAUACAUCCUCGGCUAUGGGGAGUUUUGCUAGUGUCAGUGGAAUGCGACGUUGCAUAAUCGACCUCAGUGAUAGUGAUGGGGAGGCUGAUGGGAAUGACGGACCUCUGCGGCCUGAUCACCGGGCUCGUUAUUCGCCUUCCAUCGUCGGUCUUAGGUCAGGCACGAUGACUCACUCUGGAAGGGCCACGCCUACGGUAUCGACGCCGCCAGUACUACCGCCUAGUUCGUUGAUCGAGAAGGAAGAGGAAAUACGGAGGAUGCGAGAGUUGAUCGCUCAGCGAGAACAGAAACGCAUGCAGAAACUCGCUAUGACACGGUCACUGUCGACUGUACCCGAUGCUCCCCCCUCUGCCGAUGCUUCUACAGCAGCCAACGCGACUCUUGACGGUCAGACUGAACCGAAACCAACACCUGCUGAAUUGCCUGAUGCAUUACUUACAACAGCGCCAAGAUCUCGUGCUAUGGAUCCCCCUACGAUUGAUCAUGGGAACGUGGAAGCCUCUCCCAGUUUAAUAUCCCAGGACGGGGUUCCUGAAAACGAAGAUGCCCCCAGAACACCAGAUAGGCCUGAUCAACCGGGAAGCGCAGACACGAUAACCGAUGGCGCCGAUGUCCGGAAAGAGACUCCUCCAUCUGUCUUUGUCGACGACGUCAGCUCUAGCAUUUCGUCGACUCAGGCAACGGACGAACAAAUCAUGGAUCCUUUGGGUUCGUCGGAUCAAGUCCUCCCAAGGCAAGAAGAAGGUCUAUCAUCCUCCGACAAGAGUGAAGCCGUUUUGUUUCCAAGCUAUGAGUCUCCGUUUGGGCGUUAUCCCCUUCUACGCUCAAGUAUAUCUACCUACCUUCCUUCUGAUCCUUCGUCGUCGUCGUCGUCGUCAUCAUCUACUUUUAUUGCACAGCCCGGCCCUUCGACGUCUUCGCCGCCUGCAGUUGACCUUGAACCCCUCAGAUUAGCUACGUGGCUGAAGAACACGGAUCCAUCCCAGCAGAUAUGUCGGUUUGAAAUCCCAGGCGGCGGUGUGUGCCGGGACAGCGAAUGCGAGGACGUGCAUCUGAAGAGCAGUAGUCGUGGUGCUAGGGCUGCUGAACCAAGAGACGACGACACUGCACGGUAUCUGCGCGACCGGCUGCCUCGCGCAUGGGUGGAAGACCGGCAUAUCGGAGAGGAUGACAUUCGGGCGGCGUUGCGCGCGACAUCUGGGAUGAUUGAAGAACGGGUGCGCCAUGCACUGGGGGAGCUUCAUCAAGAACGCGGACUGCGGUGA